AUGGGACCAUUUAUUGGGCUUCUCCUUUUGUUUGGAACAAGUGUGUCAUGGGGAGCAUCUUUAACACCUGCCUUCGAUACUGAAGAUGAUCUUAAUCCAGAGCUUAUGACAACCAUCUCCAAGCUCCUGGGAGAGCGCAUUGAACUGGAGAAAGCAUGGACUGUCGAACCAUCAGAAAAAAUCAAGGACGAGCUCUACGCAAACCUCGAACAGCUUAAAAAUGCUCUCAGGGGUAGAGAAGACGACCUUUCUGGAAUUUUGGCGAUCAUCGAGGACCUGAAGAAGGCUGGAAAUAAAUCCGUCGAUGGUGCCGAUGAGUACAGACUAGGAAGGAAGAAAAGGAGGCCCUGCAGUCCCAAUAACAUGAGGUGCAAGAAUUCCAGAUUUGGCAGAAUUAUUGGCCAAAUCCCCGGUUAG